AUGACCUUGUCAAAGUUUAUUAUACUGAAUAAUAAUUAUGUUUAUAAUUACUCUUAUUUAGGAGGUCAUAAAAGAGGAAAUGAAAUAGAAAAUAAUCACAAAGAAAAUCAAUAUAAAAGAGAGCAUAAAACAAGUAUCGAACCUUCUGCUUCAAAUAAUAAAUCUAAUGACUCAGAUUUAGACUAUAAAAAAGAAAUUGAUCCAAAUACUAAAGGCAAUGUGUUUGAGGAAAUUGAAGUUGACGAAGAUGAAGUUUUAGUGGGAAACGAAAAGACUGUGUUGGAGGAAAAUGAUGUGAUUGUGUUGGAUGAUAGUGAAGAAGAAAAUAAAGAGGUACAAGCAAUAUCUGUAGCAGAUGAAGCACCCACAGCAUAUAAAGGGAUCAAAGUUUACAC